AUGCACAAUCAAUGCUGCUACUGCGAACUGUUGAACGCAGUGAAGGCUGCAUAUCGCCGCAAAAGACCGAUUCGAGAGGCCAUCCUUCACCACGACAACGCCAGGCUCCAUGCUACAGCUCUAACGGUAUCAAAACUAGAAGAAAUGCACUGGACUCAACUUGAUCAUCCUCCCUACAGCCCGUACUUAUCGCCUGCGAUUUUCAUUUGCUUGGGCCGCUUAAACAAGCUCUUAGAGCGCAACGAUGACGUAGAAGGAUUCGUGCACAGUUCAUUCUACGAUGUUGCGAUAAAUAAACCUUUCUUCUCGCUGGGAAAAUGUAUUUCUAAAGCAGAAAACUAUGUAGAAAAAUAA